UGAUGUUAAGAUACUCUCUCCAUAGUUCUUAUUUAAUUUGGAUUGCUUGGAGAUUUCUUACUUGAUUUCCCACAGGUCAUCUGAAAAUAUUCAGUUUUUUUUUCCUUAUUUCUUCAGUAGCACAUCACAGAUGGGGAAUCGCGUGUUUCAACUUCUGUCUCUCACAGAUGUCUUUCUCUUCGUCCUGUCUGUACCUUAUCAGUACAUCCUAGUCCAACAGGGGAAAACUUGGAGUGAUGCUCGGACUUACUGCCAAGCCAACUACAUUGACCUGGCCAUUGCUGAUGUCAGUGAUGAUAUGGUCAAGCUUCAAAAUCAGGCACAGAAGCAACAAUUCACUUCCAGUGCUUGGAUUGGUCUGUACAAUGAUGUUAAUAGCUGGCGCUGGUCAUUGGGAAAUGUGUCACUAGGAAAUGUGACAGACUGGUGUAUUGGUGAGCCUACUAAUGCAAUGGAAGGAUGUGGUGGGAUAAAUACAAAGGGUUGGUUUGAUUAUUUUUGUACAGCAUCACUUCCCUUUGUGUGCUUUGAUGGUGAGGAAAAAUAUAUUCACAUUGUCAUUUAUUAUAAACUGAAGGGUGAAUGUAAAAAAAAUGUAAUGUGCUUAAAAUUAUAAAUGCCAAAGGUGUUAACCAGACAAUAGACAAAAAUACUGUUGAUUUAAUAAAAAAAAGAAAGAAAAAAAAGAAAUGAAAAUCACCUAAAUAUCUUGUGUGUGACAUGCAUUCUGAGACCUUUCAAUGGCAUGUACUAAGCAUCAAGUGCUUAAUAUCACUGUAGAAAA